UACCAGAUGCCUAUCUGUCAAUCAGCCCUUCUAGGACUUCCCUGUGACAGCCCCCCUCCUCUUGCUGGGAUCACUCCCAGAAUGUCACUGGUAAGAUAACACAGUCAAGGGAGGGAGAAGGAGGGACGACUAAAAAUAGCCAACCAGAAUAAAUCAGCCUAGGGACCAAUGCCUAGUCUUUCCAGUGGGAACGGAGGGCCCACACAGCUCCAGCCUGGGAUGGUAGUGGCUCUCUGAGGAAGCUCCACCAGGACCUGUGUGCUUCACAGAGGGGCUAGACUGCAACUCUCCGUUCAGCACAGGCUCAAGUGGAAGUCCUAUCUGGAAUUUCCUCUUCCUCAUAAUGAAAAUAGUGCUGUCCCAAUAAGCCAGAAUGAACAUCAUGGACAUCGCCAAAAUAUUCUCUCUUCUCCAGCCUGAGAGGGAGGAGGAGGACACUGACACAGGGGAGAAGCAGGCUCUCAAUCAAGCUGUAUAUGACAAUGACUCCUGCACCCUGGACCGCCUUCUACGUCAGGAACGCUAUAAACGGUUCAUCAACAGCAGGAGUGGCUGGGGUAUACCUGGAACACCGUUGCGUUUGGCGGCUUCUUAUGGUCACUUGAAUUGUGUGAAGGUCCUCCUGGAACAUGGUGCUGAUGUUGAUAGCUUGGAUGUCAAAGCACAAACACCACUUUUCACUGCUGUUAGUCAUGGUCAUCUGGAAUGUGUGCGCGUGCUUUUAGAAGCUGGCGCCUGUCCUAGUGGUAGCAUCUACAACAAUUGCUCUCCUGUUCUCACUGCCUCUCGUGAUGGUGCCUUUGCUAUCUUACAGGAGCUCCUAGGGCAUGGCGCAGAGGCCAAUGUCAAGGCUAAACUACCAGUCUGGGCAUCAAACAUAGCUUCAUGUUCUGGCCCCCUCUAUUUGGCUGCAGUCUAUGGGCACCUUGACUGCUUCCGCCUGCUUUUGCUCUAUGGAGCAGAUCCUGAUUACAACUGCACUGACCAGGGCCUCUUAGGUCGCGUUCCACAGCCUCGCACACUCCUUGAAAUUUGCCUUCAUCAUAAUUGUGACCCAGAGUAUAUCCAGCUUUUAAUAGAUUUUGGAGCUAACAUCUACCUUCCAUCUCUCCCUUUGGAUCAAACUGCCCAAGAUGUUAAAGGCGUCCAAUUGCUAUUACAAGCCCGAGCUGCUCCACGGUCACUCCUGUCCCAGGCCCGUUUAGCCAUCCGCAGAUCCUUGUGCCGGGCCAAACAGCCACAAGCCAUCGACCAACUGGAUAUUCCCCCUGUGUUGAUUAACUACCUCAAGCAUCAGUGAUCAGGUUUUGACUUUCCCAGGAACCUAUGAUACCUCCCAAAGCU